CCUCGUUUUUAUUGGAACAGUAUUUCAUCCAGCUAUAAUAGAAUGAUAUUCUCAAAACUGAGUAUAAGAUACUGCUGACAAUAUUCCUAUAGCUGAAAAAGGAAUGGAACGAUCGAUCUGCAAGGGUAUUAAAAACUCCGGCCUCCGAGGCUAGCCUUCUUUUCUUGUUAUUUUUGUCAAUGGAGAAUGCAACCUCGUCUGCCGUCGGAGUGGCUAUCAGAAAUUGGAGCUGAUUUGAGCGAAAAACGCUGCUCUGCUUCUGCUACUGCCAGUGCCACUGCUGCUACGGCGACCUGGGCUCUGACAGUCAGUCUGUGUAAAAACGGCGUGCAAUUCGGAGCCAAGAGCACGGCAACCCUUGCGAAGUCCACGUAUAUUCCAAACGAGAUGAAGCGCAACCAGAUUUUCAGAGGUGGCUACGUAGAGCAGGGCUUGUCACGCUCCUCUGAGUACCGCAAGGUGAUGAAGCCGCUGCUAGAGCGCAAGCGUCGUGCGCGCAUCAACAACUGCCUGGACGAGCUAAAGAUUAUUAUCUCGGAUCUAGCUCACAUGGAGACCACAGGGCUGAAUAAGUUGGAGAAGGCUGACAUCCUGGAGCUGGCAGUACACCUUUUGCAGGAACAACGCGCCUGCAGCUCCUCGCAACUUUCUGGCCCGGUGGCCCAUCAGCAGCGACUGGAGGCGGAGUCGUACUGGGGUGGCUUCCGUCAGUGCGCCGUGCAGGUGUCCAGCUUCCUGCAGCACCACGACAAGGCGCUCAGCGACCAGUUCAAUGAGUUCCUGCAGCAGAUCCUACCGGCCAAGCCAGCCCCUGAGCCGCCCCUCUGGAGACCAUGGUAAAAUUCCUGGUAGAACACCAAAAAUUACAAUAAAAACCAAAACAAAAAAGGGAGCUCAGGUUGUGGAUAUCUGUUGUGAAUUUCGAUAUCUCCCCAAUUUAAGCGCUAAUAUACUUAGGUUAGGCUAGGACUUUUUGUUCAAGGAUGAAUGAUGUUUCGAUCCGAUGUAUAAGCAAACAAAACAUACACUAAAAAUGAGGUUUGCUUUCGGUUUUUCUUAUUGCAAUAAUUCAAAAAACUUUUUUAUAUGUGUAAAAUUGUGUGAGGAAACGUUUGUUGUAUCAAUGAGAAUCCGAAUGAAUUGCUGGAAAACUUUUGUUGCUUCAAUUAGUCUUCAAUUAGAAUUGAUUUCAUCGGUAUUAAAUAUCUAACGCUCUCCGCAUUUGCAUGCUAAAUUAUGUAUUUCUUAUGGUGAAUAUAAUGCACACAAAGUAAGGCUGCUUUUGCAGUUAUAAAUAAUUCAUAAUCACUAAUCAUUAGCGUUACCAUUAACCGUUAACAUAAUGUUCAUCGAUACACAUCUACAUACAUAUGUGUGCAAGUAGCUUACAUA